AUUUCUUAACUUGUGGCCAGCUCAGAAAGGAGAAGCUCCUGCUGAGGAGCGCUGGGGACGGCACCCACGGGAGGAGGCAGCCACGAGAGGCGGCAGGCACUGCUCCAAGGGACCUGCCUGCAGCUGCGCCCCCGCUCCGCGCUGGCGGCUCCCUGCCUCCUGGGGACAUGGGUCCUGCUCUGCUCCUGCUGCUCACCACAGCUGCUGCCUGGCACGGCUCAGCAUCCCCAGUGAUCAGCCCUGAGCUCCCUGCUCUGGUUGUCAAUGCAGGUGACCCAGUCAGCUUGCACUGCUCAGGAGAGUCUGAGGUCGAAUGGAAGAACCGAAGGGCUGCAUUCAGCAACCACACCAGCAGCACACUCAGCAUCCCCAAGGCCAGUUACAGGGACACUGGCACCUACAUGUGUGCUUAUGUCAACAGCAGUGACAAGGGCAUUGCAGCUGUGCACCUGUUUGUGAGAGAUCCCAACAACGUGUGGUACACCUCUGCCUACUGGAUCGUGGCGACCAGGGGUGGUGAUGCUGAGCUCCCCUGCCUCAUCACGGCUCCCGAGUAUGGCUCCAGUGUGACGCUGACAAGGGAUGACAACUCUCAGCUCGCACCUGGGACCAACUAUUCUUUCAGUGCUGAGAAAGGAAUAACACUGCACAACGUGCAAAGCCAGCAGAAAGGCCAUUACAGAUGCCAAGCAGUCAUCAAUGGAAAACCACAGAGGUCACCAAGAAUGAGGCUGCUCAUUCAAGAAGGACCCGAGAAGCCUGUGUCAGUGAUGAUGGACCCCAUUGACCACGUGAGGAUUGUGGGUGAACCUUUCAAAGUCACCUGCAGAGUAAUUGCUCCUUCCCACAAGUAUGACAUCAGAUGGGUGACAGCAGCCAAGAAUGUCAGCAGGUUGACAAAUCCUAGCUCUGACCUUGACAAAUACUUCAUCAACGACACCCUGUUGGUUCCAGCAGUGACCAUGGAGGACAGUGGGAGGUACAUUUGUGUAGCCAACAACUCUGGAGGCGUCAGGAAUGCCUCAACAACGCUGCAGGUAGUAGAGAGAGGUUAUGUGCUCCUGACCCCAGUGCAAGCCACCAGCCAGGAGGUUGCUUUGGGAGAGAGUCUGAAGCUGCAGGUCCACAUCGAGGCUUACCCAAAACUUCUCCAGUGGGGCUGGGAGCACACAAACCCCUUGAGGAACUCUGGCAACAGCCCCUGCAAAGGCCAGAUGACCUCUGGAAACAACUGGUACAACGCCACGCUCCUCCUGAACCGCCUGCAGGACGGGGAGGGAGGCCUCUACACAUUUUAUGCCCUCAACAAUGAGACCAAUGCUUCAGUGACCUUCAGUGUCUCUAUGAAAUAUCCUCCAAGGGUCUGCAAAAUCAAGGUGCCAGCCAACGACUCCAGCAUCCUCCAGUGCACAGCCAUCGGCUACCCUGCCCCACGCAUUGAGUGGUACCGCUGCCCCCUGCACUCUGACCGGUACAACAAGGACUAUAGCUUGGUACUGAAUGACUCAAGUCCCCAGGUGGUAAACAUGUUGCCCUUCCAAGAGGUGGAGGUGGAGAGCAUGGUCCCGUUCCAGGAGCUGGGUGCUAAUUUCACCUUCUGCUGUGUGGCCAUAAACAAAGAGGGGAAUGCCUCUGACAUGUUUCACUCGCUCACCAUCACCAGAAGUGUCAUGGUCCCUCCAAACAAGCUCUUCAGCCCCAUUCUCUCCACCUGCAUAGGCACAUCGGUCCUGCUGCUCCUCCUGCUCCUCUUCCUCCUCUACAAGUACAACCAGAAACCCAAGUACCAGGUGCGGUGGAAGAUCAUCGAGGCCUGUGAAGGGAAUAACUACAUCUUUAUUGACCCCACUCAGCUGCCAUACAAUGAGAAAUGGGAAUUCCCCAGGAAUAACCUCCAGUUUGGAAAAACUCUUGGAGCAGGAGCCUUUGGAAAAGUGGUAGAAGCCACUGCUUUUGGGUUGGGCAAAGAAGAUUCGGUCCUCAAAGUGGCUGUGAAGAUGCUAAAGUCAUCAGCAGACACAGAUGAGCAGGAGGCUCUCAUGUCUGAGCUGAAGAUCAUGAGCCACUUGGGACACCAUGAGAACAUCGUUAACCUGCUGGGGGCAUGCACCUCUGGGGGCCCAAUCCUCGUCAUCACUGAGUACUGUCGCUAUGGAGACCUGCUGAAUUUCCUGAGGAGGAAGGCUGAAUCCAUCAUCACCCAGGAUUCUGCCCUGGACACUUCUUUAGACAGCUCUGCUGAUUACAAAAACAUUGAUGUGGAGAAGAAAUACAUCCGGAGUGACAGUGGCUUUUCAAGCCAGGGCUUGGAAACAUACGUUGAAAUGAAGCCAGUGUCAUCAUCAUCAUCUUCAGCAUCAUCAGACUCUGCACAAGCCGGGGGGAAAAGCUCAGAGGAAGAUGAUGAAGCCAGGGAGGAUCUUCGUCCCCUCAAUCUCUCUGACCUGCUACAUUUCUCCAGCCAGGUGGCCCAGGGCAUGGCCUUCCUUGCAUCAAAGAAUUGCAUCCACCGUGACCUGGCAGCCAGAAACGUGCUCAUUUCAGAGGGCAGGGUAGCCAAGAUCUGCGACUUCGGCCUGGCCCGCGACAUCAUGAACGACUCCAACUACGUCGUGAAAGGCAACGCCCGCCUGCCCGUGAAAUGGAUGGCCCCAGAGAGCAUCUUUGACUGCAUCUACACAGUGCAGAGUGAUGUGUGGUCCUAUGGCAUCCUGCUCUGGGAGAUCUUCUCCCUUGGUAAAAGUCCCUAUCCUGGCAUGGUGGUGAACAGCAAGUUCUACAGCAUGGUGAAGCAGGGGUACCAGAUGGCCAGGCCUGACUUUGCUCCCUUGGAAAUGUACAGCAUCAUGCAGGCAUGCUGGAGCCUGGAGCCCACACAGAGACCCACCUUUGACCAGAUCAGCUGCUUCAUUCAGAAAGAGCUGGAGGAGCAUAAGGAGCAGGACUACACCAACCUGCCCUCCCCCGCCGAGGAGGACAGCGGCUGCGACGCCGGCUGCUGCGAGGAGUCCUGCGAGCCAGAGGACAGCGGCCAGCCCCUUCUCAAGAGCAACAACUACCAGUUCUGUUAGCUGGCACCACAGCCUCAGGGCCGAUCCCUGCCCCCUGCUCUGCAGAGCACAGGGUUCUGCUCUGCCCUGGAACAGAUGCCUUCUGCUUUGGCUCUCCUCCGUGCUUUCCCAAGUGUGGUACCAGCUCCUCACUGACAGGGCAGCACAGGGCGGGCCUUGAACCACCACUCCCCAUGGGGUCCCUUAUGUUAUGCAUCAGGCAAGACCUUGAGUUGUUAGGAUGAUGACAUGCUCCAUCUCAACAAGGUAGAGUGAGGCUCCCCUUCCCCAGAAGAGGCUGUGGGGUGGGGGUUGUAGUCCUCCUUUAACCACGACUUGCAGCCAAGUCAGACACCUCCAGCUGUCACCCACAGGACUGAACCCCUGUGCUCCUAGGAGCACAUCUGGAACUAAGUGCUGAAGCUGGAACUGCUCCCCACACCCAAAAGCAGGCCUCUUCCUUGGUGUUCUGCCCCCUUCCCUCUGUCAGUCUGACCCUGGAUGUUGCAGAGUGAAUGUUUAGACACCGGUAAAGCCCCUACUUAGCAUUAAGUGUGCAUUAACCUCUACCUUUCCUCCUGCCAUCUGCCUCUCUGCAGCUGCUGCUUCUGCAGGGAGCGUUUGGAUGAAGUGAGCCAAGGAGACAAGCCCAGGGCUAUGUGCACCUGUGCCCCAGUAACAGGACAGAGGGGCACUGAUUUCUCAGGUAAAACACAGAGGUAUCCAGGGCUCCUCAGGUGAGCACUGAACACAACCCCAACCCAGGAAAGAAUGGCAGCUUAAACAGAUCUGGAAAGGAUCAGCAUAACACAUACCCUACAAACUCUGACUUCACUCAGCAUGUAGCAAUCACUGUCUGGGAGAGUUCUGCUCUUGUACAUAUUCCCUGAGUGGAUUUUUCACAGUACAGCUGAGGGUUUGGGGUU